AUGAAAUACAACAAGAAAGUAUAUCUAAGUCUUUUGGCAGUAUCUGGCAUCAGCGCAAUGUUUUCUCCAAUGUGCACGCCCUCUCUAAAUAUGGCAUCUAUCAAUCCAUGUGCCACCACCGGAGGAGGAUCCAUGUUCCCUGAUAUGUCCAUGGGAGGCAUGGGAUCAAUGGAUGCUCUCAACAUUAACUGCCACAUUUCACCAAGUACAGGCGGAUCAAUGCCAGGAAUGACCCCAGCACUGUCAGGAAUGGCUACAUCCAGCCUGUGCGUACCACUAAUUCAGCAGCCUAGCACGAUAAUUCAGCAGCCCAGCACAUUGAUGCAGCAGCCCACCUCAAUAUUACCCGGUUUAGACUUAUUUGGAUUUGGAGGAAAUAGUUUCCAACAGGCCCCACAGCAGCAGGCUAACGGAGUGCAGCUGGCCUGCAAUAUGAUAGGAAUGCCAGAUAAGCAAAUAGGCAGCAGCGGCAGCUGGGGAAAUGAUUGCUACAGCAAGGUAGGAAGCAUUUUCAUGAAUGGAAUGCUGGGGGGAGGAUCAAAACUCAAUGACGUAUGCUGCACAAUAAGCGGUAGCUCUGGCUUUGGAAACAAGAUGCUUAGAUGA